AAAAAAGCAGCAGAUUCUGACUGGUGGGAAAUUCCUCAUUUGAGCUUCCAUGGCGCCUCCCAAGAAAUCAAAGAAGAGCAAGAAAGAUAGGAAAUUGAAGAAAAACUUAAGUUUGGUUCCAGUCGAGCCAAAAGCAGCAGAUUCUGACUGGUGGGAUAGUUUCUGGCACAAGAAUUCUUCAACCCAAGAUUCUUCACUAUCCAAUGAUGAAGAGGAAGGUUUUAAGUAUUUCUUUAGGGUCUCUAAGAAGACUUUUGACUAUAUCUGUUCCCUUGUAAGAGAAGACCUUGUGUCGAGGCCGCCGUCAGGUCUCAUCAACAUAGAAGGAAGGCUUCUUAGUGUUGAGAAACAGGUUGCAAUUGCCCUGAGAAGGUUGGCAUCUGGUGAGUCUCAAGUCUCAGUGGGAGCUGCCUUUGGGGUAGGCCAGUCUACAGUUUCUCAAGUUACUUGGAGAUUCAUUGAAGCAUUGGAAGAACGUGCCAAGCACCAUCUCAAGUGGCCUGAUUCCAACAGAAUGGAAGAAAUAAAGUCCAAACUUGAAGAAGCCUUUGGAUUGCUCAAUUGUUGUGGAGCCAUAGAUGGUACACACAUCAUUAUGACCCUUCCUACUGUUCAAACAUCAGACGAUUGGUGUGACCUGGAGGACAACUACAGCAUGCUCUUGCAGGGAAUUGUUGACCAUGAGAUGAGGUUUCUUGACAUUGUAACCGGUUGGCCUGGGGGCAUGACGGUGUCUAGACUUUUAAAGUGUUCAGGAUUUUUCAAGCUCUGUGAAGGGGGACAACGUUUGAAUGAAAAUGUUAGAACUUUAUCUGGAGGAGCAGAGAUUAGAGAAUACUUAGUUGGUGGGGUUGGCUAUCCUUUGCUUCCCUGGCUCAUAACUCCUUAUGAAAGCAAUGGCCUCCCAGCUUCCAUUUCUGUUUUCAAUGCCGUGCAUGGGGCUGCAAGGUCACUUGCAGUAACGGCAUUCUCGCAGUUAAAGGGCACUUGGAGAAUCCUUAACAAGGUCAUGUGGAGACCCAAUAAGUGGAAACUUCCGAGCAUCAUCUUGAUAUGUUGUUUACUUCACAAUAUAAAAAUUGACAGUGGAGAUAUAUUACAACCAGAUGUUGCUUUAUCUGGUCAUCAUGACUCGGGAUAUGGCGAACAAUGCUGUAGGCAAGUUGAUCCAUUGGGGAGGACUAUGAGGGAUAUCCUAGUGAAACACUUGCUGCACAGCAGGCAGACCGCUGCACCAAAGUGAUUCUUGUUCUGCCAGUCUGGUUUAAAUGAGUUGGAAGUUUGGAACGGUUUCAAUCUGUAAAAUUAUUUGUUUCGGCAAUUUCACCGGCACCAGCCAUAUACGACAUGAAAUGGUGAAUUGCUUCUCUUAUUCACAUUGACUUGCAUAAAAGAAAUGUAUGUAUGUUUUUGAUAGACUCUGAAUCAGCCAUCUUUGUAUGGCGGCUUAGAAAGUAGAAUGAAAGCUCAUUUUGUCA